AUGGACAUUGACGCUCGCCAAUUGGCAGUUGUGUUAGCUGUUCACAAUAAAGUUAUAUCAAUAGUUGUCGAUGCACAAUCAAACAAUAAUCAACAACAAAUAAUAACCACUGCUAAUUCAUCAUUAACCACAUGUGCAAAAAUUCGAACAAAUUGUAGUACAAGAGACGGUUUAAUCGUACCGUUAUGGCGGCCACAAAUAGGUAUAUCAACGGGUGAUAAAAUAUCUCGUGCAAUUGUCUAUUUAUUCGCCUUAAUUUAUUUAUUUAUCGGUGUAGCUAUAAUAUCGGAUCGUUUCAUGGCGGCCAUUGAAGUAAUUACAUCACAAAAACGUGAAAUAAGAAAAAAAAAUCCGGAUGGAACAUUUUCUGUAACAACUGUUAGUAUUUGGAAUGAAACAGUGUCUAAUUUAACGUUAAUGGCUCUUGGCUCAUCUGCACCGGAAAUAUUAUUGUCAAUUAUCGAAGUAGUCGGAAAAAAUUUUGAAAGUGGAGAUCUUGGUCCCGGUACUAUUGUUGGAAGUGCCGCAUUUAAUCUAUUUGUUAUUAUUGCUAUUUGUAUUAUAUCGAUACCUCGAGGUGAAGUACGUCGUAUUCGUCAUUUACGCGUCUUCUUCGUGACCACAACAUGGAGCAUUUUCGCAUAUAUUUGGUUAUGGGCUAUUGUUGCGAAAAUUACGCCCGGUUUAAUCGAUGUUGUCGAAGGUACAUUAACAUUUUUAUUUUUUCCAUUAACCGUAUUUUCGGCGUACAUAGUUGAUACAAAAGUGGGUAAUUAUUUACGUGUUCGUAUUACAUCACAAAAAAGAGUUCAAUUAAAUCGUGAGGGACAAAUUAUAUCAGAACAAAAUGAGAUGAUUGAUGGUGAUUUUGUAAAAGAUGGUUUAAGAAAAAAUACUUAUACACAACAAAAUGAAACAGAUUUAUUGACACAUGACAAAAAAAAUCCAACGGGUAUAAGUAAAAGUAUAUCGGGUGCAAUAUUGAAUCAAAUGGGCGAUUCAUCACACGAUGCUCUAUGGUAUGAACAAGUCGAACAACAAAGACGACAAGAAUUUAUUAAUAUAUGGAAAGAAUUGAGAAAUUUACAUCCAGAUUAUGAUGUAAAAUUAUUAAAUGAAAUGGCAGUCGUUGAAAUGAUGAAUCGUGUACCGAAAUCAAGAGCCUACUACCGUAUUCAAGCCACAAAAAGAUUAGGUGGUGGUGGUAAUGUCAAACGAAAAUUAUUAGAAAAGUUAAAUGAACCAGAUCGAACUGACUUAGAUAAAACUCAAACAAACGAUGUCACAUCUUCGGCUAAUAUAACCAAAAUUCGUUUUGAACCGAGUCAUUAUACGGUGUUAGAAAAUGCGGGUUAUGUUACAUUAUACAUUGUGAGAGAGGGUGGAAAUAUGCGUAAUUCAAUAUAUGUUGAUUAUUCAACAGAAGAUGGUACAGCUACCCAUGGACAAGAUUAUGUAGCAGCCGAAGGUACACUUAUAUUUUAUCCUACUGAAACUCGUAAACAAAUUCAAAUAAAAAUAAUUGAUGAUGAAAUAUUUGAAGAAGAUGAACAUUUUACCGUUAAAUUAAGUAAUAUAAGAGUUAAAGAUAGUCAGGGACGUUUGACACCUGGCGCUUAUGAUAAAACUGUUCUGUUAUCAGAACCUACAUCAGCCAUUGUCAUGGUUAUUGAUGACGAUCAUUCGGGCAUGUUCGUUUUUGAAGCAGAAGAAAAAGUUGUCAUAGAAUCAGAUAAAGUAGUAACAAUUAAAGUUCUACGUACGUCCGGUGCUCGUGGACGAGUUUGCGUACCAUAUUCAACUGAGGAUGAAACAGCAAAAAGUGGCAAAGAUUAUCAAACAACAAUGGGUGAAGUUAUAUUUGAAAAUAAUGAGAAUGAAAAAACGAUUGAAGUUCCAAUUCUUGAUCAUGAUCAAUAUGAACGAAAUGAAACAUUUUUACUUCGUCUCGGUGAACCAGUUUUAAUCGAAGAAGAACGGGAGAUUCCUCUGACCGAAGAAGAACAACGCAUCGCUGAUCUUGGUAGACCGAAAUUGGGCGAAAAACAUCUAUUACGAAUACGAAUACGUGAGAGUAAAGAGUUUAAGAAUGCUGUUGAUAAAGCGUUAUACAAAGCGAAUACAGCGAUUGUUGUUGGAACUUCAACAUGGAUUGAACAAUUUAAACAAGCGUUCUGUGUUAAAGACGAUGAGGAUGAUGAUGGAGAUGCUGAUAAACAACAAGCUACUUGCAAAGAUUAUAUGCUUCAUUUUAUUUCAUUUUUUUGGAAAUUUUUAUUUGCAUUUGUUCCACCAACGAGUAUGGCUGGUGGUUGGGCAUGUUUCGUUGUAUCAAUAUUGAUUAUUGGAGUACUAACGGCAUUUAUCGGUGAUUUAGCAACACAGUUUGGAUGUACAAUAGGUCUCACAGAUACAAUGACGGCAAUUGCCUUCGUAGCAUUGGGAACAAGUUUACCAGAUACAUUUGCUAGUAAAGUAGCAGCCGAACACGACAAAUAUGCGGAUAGUUCGAUUGGCAAUGUAAAUGGUUCAAAUGCAGUCAAUGUUUUUCUCGGUAUUGGAUUACCAUGGGCAAUGUCUGCAUGGUAUCAUUAUUUCAAAAAUACAAAAUUUGUCGUCGAAAAAGGUUCACUAUCAUUUAGUGUAACAUUAUUUUGUUCAUUUGCAGCAGUAGCUAUUCUAUUAUUAAUGUUAAGACGUUUAAAAUGUUUUGGUGGUGGAGAAUUAGGAGGACCGUUUAAAUAUCGUCUAAUAAGUAGUCUAUUAUUUUUAUUAUUAUGGAUAUUAUAUCUAAUAUUCAGUGGUCUAGAAAAUUAUUGUCGAAUAAAUGUAUAA